AUGUCAUCAUUCUCGGUCAUUUUCGAGCGAGAAAAGCAGCUCUUGAAAAACUGGGAUGAUCUCUACUCUGCAAUCGGAUGGUAUCUUCCAUCGACAACCCUGUAUCGACUGCGAAUGGUCUCGAAAGACGCACGACGAUCUUUCCGUAUCGCUGAAGAGAACCGUGAGGUUUAUUACGACACCUUGUUGCAGCAAUGGAAAGCAACCGCAGAUUCGAUAAAGCAAGAAAGCAUCGGACCAAUGGGCCGACUUCACUAUUAUCAAGCUACACAUAUCUUCACUACCGCUCCAACGCUUACCACCUCGUGCGAUCGAAUCAUUGACAUCAUCGAUCGUUACGAGCAGUCAAAUCCCAAAACGAAAACUCGAAUCGUUGUGAAAGACUGCCGGCAACCUCUUGAAGAUAUCGCCGGUUUUCUGAACCCCGCAAUGAACUUCAUGUACCGGGCGGGGGGUGUGGAUCCAACAACAUUCACGCUGGGUACGGUCCGACAAAUAAUCCGCAUGCGAGACGAUGUUUUGAUCAUCGGCCCUGACGAUCAACAAGUAGAUCCGUUCGUAGCUUAUCAGUUGAUGUCAGUCACUUUGUUCAUGAACGUUACGUUCCCUGAAAAGUCGAGCAAUAAGACUUUUGACGAAAUAGACCCUCUGUAA